AAAGCUACAGAAAUUGUACACCGAAUUACUUUACUUACAUAUAUAUAAAUAUAUAUCAAAGAUAAGACAUACAAAAACAUGUAAGAAUAUCAGAGGACUGAUACAUCAAAUUAAUUUAAACUAAGGUAUUCUGGUGAAUUUUUUUUGUUAUGAUAGUGAACAUGCAUUCUUGGUUCGUACUAAUAUUAUUUGGAAGCCUACUUGCGCAGAUCCUGAGCAGACCACAACAAGCAGAGUAUAAUAACGACAGUGAUGUCGAUGAAAAUGAAGAAGAAGAAGAAAAUGAACAAUCGCCCGAAGAUUUUCUUGCCGACGAUGAAGACUCGCGUCUUAUAGAACAGGAGCCAGGAGUCCAAGAAGAUGAAGUACCGCGAAGUAGGCAUUUGUUAGACUUAACAGAAAGCAGGUAUUUGCAACGAAACGCUGAUGACGAUCACUUAGCUCGGAGCAAAACUAAAAAUCUUUCAGAUUCAAAAAACAACAGGAAUAGAGAAAUACGAGAGGAGAACGCUUGUCCCGCUAACUUUAACGACCAGCCGCGAGCCCUCCCCCGUCGACGACAAUCAAAUAGAUACAUUGAAGCAAAUGACGAUCAACAAGAAGCAAAUCAACACUUAACAAAUCGUGAUGUUAACAAAUCAAACCGCAUUGUGCAAAACCAAGGAGACAGUCUACUCAAUAAAAGAACUGCAGAUUUUGAAGGUACAUCCAACGAAGAAGGUGACAUGUUGUUCGAAAAAAAUAGAGACCAAAUAAGCAAGGUAGAUAAAAGCGAGUAUAAUAACAACGACGCUCCAGAUCCUAGUGAACAAUCGCGAUACUUUAAGCAGUAUUAUAACGCCAUGCAAGCAGAUAAUCGAGACAUGGCAGAAGAAAAGUCCCAUGACGCGCACUAUAACCAAAGAGAUAGGCGUGAGGCUAAAGAUGCUAGUGCCCAAACCGAAACGCCUAAUGUCUCAAGCAACCAAGGAAGUAAGGAGAACAACGACAAAACAGACACCGAAGACGAAGAAUCAGCCAUAAAAAGGCACAUAAAGAAGUUAUCUGGAGAUGAAUUAGACCAGCUUCUUAGUUCUUUAACUGAUGAAAAGAGAGAGCUUCUGAAAAAAAUUAUAGACGACGUUGAUGCCACCGAUAAUGGUUUUAUUAAUAAACGAGAAAUCACAAAAAAAGCUGGAGCAGUUGAAGAGAAUAAUUACAAUGAAAACAGUCAAUCUGAUAUCAGCAAAGUUCAAGGUGGCAGUCCAGUUGUAGAUGUAAAUACUGAGGCAUCAGUAUCGCAAAAUACUGAGACCACAGAGAUCAGUAAAGCAUCGGAGGGACAAGCGGAAAACAAUGAAACUGCUAAAACAGCCGAAACCAGUUCCAGCUCUGUUAAUAAAGUAGAACUAACAAGUAACAACGAUGAUUCCAUACAGAAGAAAACCGAGAGUAAUUUGAAUACAUUUGCUGUAAAUUUGGAUCCAAAAAAUCAAGGUGAAAUCGUGGCUAAUGUACAAGUUGCAACUAAAACAGAAACCAAAAGAGAGACUAAUUUAGACGACUUGGACGAUUCGCAACUUGACACUAAGAUGAUAGAAAAUGAAUUAAGUUUACAAAAUGCGCAGGAUUAUCUUAACGACCAGGGAUAUUUUUGUUCUCAGGACGAAACCUUAUCCAAAUUAAUAGAUGAUGAAACUCAAACUCACGACGAGGCUAAAGCUUAUAAACGAGAAGCCAACUCGGACAAGCAGCCGGAUUUAUCUGAUUCUAUUAAAUCACUAGAGGAAUCUUUUCCUAAUUCAAAUACAUACGACGAUGCAGUGCCAUAUUCUGGACCCUUAGUUAGGGUUAAGCGAAAAAACUCGGACAGAGUGAUAAAAAAACGAGGAGCUGCUCUUAUGCCCGAUACAAAAGUGGCGUUCUUUCCAUACAAGGCAGAAAAUGAGGACGAAGACAACGACGAAGGUAAUGAAUUUGAUGACGAAGGUUUUUACGAUCGCACCUCUAACUUUGCUAACAGUAAUAAAGGUGUUGAAGAGGAUAUCGCCAAUUCUGAAAAUUCUCCCGAGAAUAAAAACAUGGAGAAUGUCAAAGGGCAAGAUAAUUUAGAAGGAGAAAGUAGUCUUGGAUCAGACACUGACAACGUGCUAUCUGGAGUUGAAGGCGCUGACGAUAAUCUUAUGUACAGCAGCGGCGUGCGCAACAGACGUACCGCGGAAGACAACUCUAGCGGUCCAGCAGAUGUCAAAUCGGAACGAUCAACGUCUUUAGUGAAAGAUGAAAAAGUGGCGUCAGAAAACUUCUACAACGCUCCGCACUACCAAGAGAACGAUUCAUUUGGACCACUACCGCGGAGCUACGACGGAGAUUUAGCCAGAUAUAAAAGAAUAAGGAGGGUGAAACAGUCGCACAAUGCUCAAGACAUAAACUCCUCUGAUGGUUAAACAAGUUUCUAAUAACUAUGUUACAUAAUUUUUAAGUAUUUUAAAUUAUGUUUGCAUUAAAUACAUUAGUUUGUAUCUAAUUUUAAUUUACACUAUUUUAUAUUGUUUAUAAGAAUGCUGUAUAUAGGUUAAUUUAAAAUUAGUUCUUUUGUCUUGAGGUUUUAACGAAAUUCUCGUGUUUCAUGUUUUAUUGUCAACUUUCAAUUAUGUUUUCGGCUGCGCGUUUACGGAUGAAAACAAGUCAUGUAUAAAUUAUUUAUAAUAUUACACUUUGGUUAACUAAUUUUAAAUAACCGU